AUGGACAAAAGCUGGAUGAUUGAGCCCAAUAGACUUCGAUCACCUGCUUAUGCUGCAGGCGUUAACAAUUUUCUUGAGAUGGCGCAAAACCAUGCUAGGGGAAGUGAUCGCAUUCGGUGUCCAUGUCGAAUAUGUUCUAAUAAUCUCUUCCUGCCUUUAUUUACCGUAGAGAGUCACUUGUUCAUAAAUGGGAUCGAUCUGAGCUACACUGAAUGGAUUUUCCAUGGUGAGGAGGAAACCAGAAAUUUCAAUGUGGACGAUGAAGAAGUUGCUGUUAGUGAUGAAGAUGAAUUCAUCGAUGAUAUGGACAAUAUGUUAGACGACAUAUUGGCUGGGACAAACGUCGAUGUUCCCCAAAGCAGCACUCCAUUGCCGAGCCGGGAUUCAUUUCCUGAAGCAUUACCAGUGUCAUCGUUUGACGAGCUAUUAGAGGAUGCUCAGCGUCCACUUUUCGGCGGUUGUACAAAAUUCUCUAAACUUUCGUUCAUUGUGAAAUUGUUACACAUAAAAACCCUUGGUGGCUGGUCAAUCAAGUCAUUUGAUAUGCUUCUUAACUUGUUGAAGUCUGCUUUUCCGGAUGCUGAAUUGCCACUCUCAUAUGAAGAUGCUCGUUCAUUGGAGCGAGGUUUGGGCUUCAAGUACAACAAAAUUCAUGCCUGCCCCAAUGACUGCAUCUUAUAUUGGAAGGAAUAUUCAGAACUAAAUUCAUGCCCUAUAUGUAAGGCCUCAAGGUGGAUGUCAACUACAAAUGGGACCCGGGUGAUCCCUCAUAAGGUGUUGCGGCAUUUUCCUUUAAAGCCAAGAUUACAGCGGCUUUUCCUGUCUACAAAGAUAGCAGCUGAAAUGAGAUGGCAUAAAGAGAAGCGAGUGACAGAUGAGAAUUUUCUGCAUCAUCCCGCUGACUCUAAGUCUUGGAAGGCUUUUGACGAGGCACAUAGUUGGUUCGCUAACGAUCCUCGCAAUGUUAGGCUUGGUUUGACAAGUGAUGGUUUCAAUCCCUUCAACAAUAUGGCUAAGCCUUACAGCAUAUGGCCAGUGAUCCUUGUACCAUAUAACUUGCCACCGUGGUUAUGCAUGAAAGACCAAUUCUUUAUGACAUCCCUCAUUAUUCCUGGCCCAAAAUCACCGGGAAAUGACAUCGAUGUUUAUUUGCAGCCGUUGCUCAAUGAAUUGCUUGAACUUUGGGAACAUGGGCAAAACUACAUUUGGAGGAAGAAAAAGUUGUUGUUUAAUGGUAAUGAAGAUCAUCGCAUUCCACCAAGACUAUUAGGGGGAGCAGAUAUUUUAAGUCAGCUACAGAUGCUUGGGGAUGUACCAUUUGGAAAAUCUAUUAGGAAGAGAAAACGGACUACCGUAGAGUUGAACUGGACGAAGCACAACAUAUUUUUCAAGUUACCUUAUUGGUCAACACUACUACUUCGACAUAAUUUAGAUGUCAUGCAUAUUGAGAAGAAUAUAUGCGAUAACAUCUUCGGCACUUUAUUGAAUAUUCCUGGGAAAACAAAGGAUAAUAUAAACUCUAGACAUGAUCUGCAGUUGUUAGGGUUAAGAAAGGAAUUGCAUUUAAAGGUUGAAGGGCAGAAAAUUACCAUGCCUCAUGCAUUGUACACGUUACACGGAGAUGAAAGGAAGACAUUUUGUUCUUGGAUGACCAAUGUUAAAUUUCCAGAUGGGUUCGCAUCCAAUAUCUCCCGUUGUGUUUCUGUACAUGAUUGCAAAAUCUCUGGCUUGAAAAGCCAUGACUGCCAUGUUUUCUUGCAGCGCUUACUGCCUAUUGCUGUCGGCGGGUACUUAAGGAGUGAUAUUGCCUUAGCGUUGACUGAACUAAGCACUUUCUUCAAAGAGUUGUGUGAGAGAACACUAGAUAUCAAUCGCCUGUCCCAGCUUGAAACUGAUGUUGUUCAAGACCAGCGAGCUAGCAACCCACUUGGAGUCUCUGCCGAUCUAUAUGCGUUAGCUUGUGGUCCUGACAAUUGGGUGGGAUCGUAUGCUGCUUGCAUAAUAAAUGGGAAAAGGUUCCAUACAAAGCAGCGCGAACUUCGGCGACGAACACAAAAUUCGGGUGUGGUGGUAACUGGGGACCAACAGUCUAAUAAUGUGGACUUCUAUGGUGUUAUCAAUGAUGUCGUGGAGUUACACUACAUGGGAGGGCAUCGAGUGUACUUGUUCUCUUGUGAUUGGCUUGAUGUUGGCGAUAAGAAACGGGGUGUACGAGUAGACCACCACAUCACUAGUGUCAAUAUGGACAGGACUUGGUAUAAGGACGACCCAUAUGUGUUGGCAUGCCAGGCUUCACAGUGA